AUGCGGGGUGAGGAGGGUUCCGUCGAAUCGAAACAGAUGGUGUGUCCCAGACAGCCUAUUGAUGAAACGGGACGAUCUUUAUCAACACUUUCAAAUAGUAGCUUUGAAGAUUUAACGAAUGUUGAUGGUGCUUUACCCAGUUUAUAUAAAUUUUGUGCCCGAACCGCAACCGGGGUUUUCCAGAACACCUUGAAUACUCUAAAAACUGCUUUACCCGGAAAUCAGAGCACAAUCGAUCAAGAAAACGAAUUCAUCAGUAUCGAAAAUGUUAAUCAUUGGACUUACGUAGCUUCGGAUUUAAAUGAAAACGAUUUAAGUAUUAAAAUGGAAAAGCUUUUAAAUGAACGUCGCGCUUUUUGCACCGUUGAUAACGCGUAUGAAGCCGUUGAAUCUUUGGAUGUUUUGGAUCAAACUUCCGGUUGGAGUUCAACGAAAAAAUAUGACGAUGAUAUCGACGAUUUAGAACUCAACAUUCCACUUACAAAAACUUUAUUGGAUAUUUUUUGCGAAUCAACUCCGUGUUUGUUACCGGAAGCGCUCGUAAAAUCGAUAUUAAUCCUUUUUGGAAGCGUAAUCGAAGAUUAUUUGGUGAAUUAUAGUAAAAAGUCGCUAAAAAGUGUGAAUGGGAUGAUUGGAAAAUUACCGAAUGGGUUGCAAACGAAUCCUUUGGCUUUAACUAAAAAGGAACUCACCGAAAUUUUCGUCGAUUUAAUUCCCGGUGGGUUAAAGUAUUUAGUGGGGGAAGACCUUUUUAGAAGUGCGAUUGAAACUUUGGUUUUAUCAUUACAAAGUCAAAAGAUUAAUGAAGAUAUUUUCUUGCAAAUUUUUGAGUUGGUUACUUCUUUGGUUAUAGAAGCUAAUUGUAGUUUAUCGCCGACGUAUUCUGCCUAAAAUUAAGACGACUUUUAUUAAUUUAUUUAAUCAAUUAAUAAAUAAUAUUAGAAAUAAUCCCUUUA